UUCCAGUUUAUGAUCCGGCAACACGCGCAUGGAAUUCGCCCGGGAAUUUAAGGUGUCAGGAAUGUGAUGAGACGGGAAGGUGACGGGAAUGCUACGGAAUUGUUACGGGAAUACAAAUGAAUAUGACGGGAAUGUUACGGGAAUACAACGGGAAUGCGAUGUGAAUGUGACGUUUCUUGGAAAAUUGUUCAUGGACAAGGAAAGUGAUGCUGAUGAAGAUGCUGUGGUGGAAACCCUGAAUGCAAAGAAGCGUAACCUACACGGCAAAUAUAAUAAAGGAAUAUUUAGUGAAAAGGAGGAACAAAUUAUUAAUGAAAAUUGGAAUCAGUUUCAAAAGGAGUACAAAUUUUAUGACUUGCGCCCCCUGAUAAACUACCGCACCUGCAUUUUGGAAGGCAGUCAUGACUCAUUUUCAAUAAAUCAGGUCUACUUAACCUCAGUACCUCAACAAAAAAAGUUUCUAAACUACAUAAGAAGAGGAUUAAACCGAAGUUUGAUGCAGGUAAAAUGGCACCUGCAGUCAUUAGUAUUGGGUAAAUACAGCAAUUGUGCAUGGAAUAAAGGCAUCAACUUUGCUCAUCAAAACAUCAUGGCGAAAAAAGAGAUGUAUCUUGUUGACCUGUUUCUCAAGCGUUAUGGUGUGGACGUUGCAUCAAUGGAGUUCAUCCUGAAUUCAACGAGUGGUGCACUGCUCCACAAUAGCCUUAGGACAUACUAUCGCUUCAAGCUCUGCCCAAUUGCUGAUGGACCAUGGACAGAAGAAGAGAUGUUGCGUCUCAUCAAAGGAGUGGUGUACACCUGGAACAAAGUGCCUACUCAAAACCACUCCCAUUCCCUCAAUGGCACUAAAUGGAUGAAAGUAUUUCUUUUUGUUAGAGUGAGUUGUUUUUAAGUACAAAAGUUCCCUAGAAUUCAGAAGCAUUUCAUCUCCUUAGUUUUGAACAUCAUUCAUAUCAAUCAGCAGGGAGGAAUAAUGAUUAUUAUUUUGUUCCUUGAAGGUUUUGCAUGAAGUCAUCCUAUAAAGCAAUAUAUGAAAAUGUCCAAGGCAUUUUGUAUAUUAGACUGCAUCACCAACAUAGGUUUUCUUCCUUUUAUUGCUCUUGUAAGCUAUAUGUUAUAUGAAAGAAGAAUAUCCACUGGAAGCAUGGCAAAAGGUAACGAAUAAUGUACAAAAAUAGACACUGGCCAAAUGAAGCAAUUUAAAUGUUACACUGAUGCUCUUGACUACUGUCUAUUGUUGGUAUAUUGGAUAACAUUAACAAAUUAUCAUGGUAUAUUGUCAGGAAAAUAAAACAGCAAAUAAAGCUGAUACGGCAAAUGGACCAGCUUUAUCAUAAAUAAACCUUAACUGGCAACGCACUGAGAUUUACUGACAGGCUGCAGCCCGUAACCUCCACUGUAAAUGCUGCCACAAUAAGCUAUGUGGCGCCUGAUUAACCAUGGGCAGUAAAAAGAUUUUAAGUGCAAAUACAUGACAGAAUACCAUGUCAUUAUUCAGAUGUGUUUACCAGGA